AUGGGUCCCGAUACCCAGGCGAAUCCUGGGUGGAUAACACAUCAUUCGCGGGAUCACUCCAGGGAGAUUGUUUCCCAGAGUUUUGGUUACAGGAGCCCAUACACGGACGAAUCCGCUCAGGUUCUCCUUCCCCAAUGUUUUGGUUACAGGAGGCCAUACACGGACAAAUCCGCCCAGGUUCUCCUUCCCCAAUGUUUUGGUUACAGGAGGCCAUACACGGACGAAUCCGCUCAGGUUCUCCUUCCCCAAUGUUUUGGUUACAGGAGGCCAUACACGGACGAAUCCGCUCAGGUUCUCCUUUCCCCGGGUUUACAGCGAGUUGGCCCCGGCAACCAUCCGAAACGUAGUCGAAUGGCGCACGACUCGACUGCGAUGAGGCAUUCCGCUGUGGAGAUUUGCACUCGGUUUUGA